GUCACGGGAGCGGGGGUUGGAAAAGGGCGGGCGGACGACAUGGUGGAGAAGGAAGAGCCGGUGAUCAGCGAGGAGGAGGCGGCGCAGUAUGACCGGCAGAUCCGCCUGUGGGGGCUGGAGGCUCAGAAGCGGUUACGCGGCUCCCGUGUGCUGCUGGUGGGGAUGAAGGGCCUUGGAGCUGAAGUGGCCAAAAACCUUAUUCUGGCGGGCGUCAGAGCACUGACUCUCCUCGAUCAUCAGCAGACUACCCCAGAGGAUGCACAAUCUCAGUUCCUCAUUCCGGCCGGCACUUUGGGAAGAAACCGGGCUGAAGCAUCUCUGGAGCGUGCGCAGAACCUAAACCCAAUGGUGGAGGUCAAAGUUGACACAGAUAACAUCAAAGACAAGCCUCUGGAGUUCCUAGCCCAGUAUGAUGCAGUGUGCCUGACUUGUUGUCCCCGUGAUGUAAUGGUCCAGAUCGAUCAGUUCUGCCGAGCGCACCAUAUCAAGUUCUUUGCUGGCGAUGUCUUUGGUUACCACGGUUACAUGUUUGCUGACCUGGGAGAGCAUGAAUUUGUGGAAGAGAAGCAGAAGGUGGUAAAAGUUGGACCCACUGAAGAAGAUGGACCUAAAGCUAAGAAAGUCAAGCUCGAUCCAAAUGAAACCACCAUGAUCAAAAAGACAGUGAAUUUUUGCCACCUCAAAGAGGCUCUAGAAGUGGAUUGGAGCAACGAGAAAGCUUCCUCUCUGAAACGAACCCCAAGCGAUUAUUUCCUACUUCAAGUUCUAUUGAAGUUCCGGAAUGUGAAGGCCCGCGAUCCAUCACCUGACAGCUAUGGAGAUGAUUCAGAACUGCUGCUGCAACUGAGGAGCGAUGUGCUGGAUUCGUUGGGGGUGAAGAGUGACCUAAUUGCAGACGAGUUCAUCAGCUCAUGUUUCUCAGAAUUGGCACCCGUGUGUGCUGUUGUGGGUGGAGUGCUCAGCCAGGAAAUUGUAAAGGCCUUGUCUCAGCGAGACCCACCUCACAACAACUUCUUCUUCUUUGACGGACUCAAAAGUAAUGGAAUUGUGGACUGCAUCGGGCCCAAGUAAGGAAAAUUGAGGAAGAUCGGACAUUUUUAGGGUGUCAUAGACGCACAGUCUUCACAGCCGAUAACCAGAAUAUCCAGCAAACAGCAAUAUGUUGAACUCCCAAGCAAAGUUACCAUUAAAAAAACAAAGUGAAAUUAUUUGGAGAAAUUGAACACAGGCACAAUUCUAAAGCUCUGCUGAAGUAAUCACCAAAUUACAAAUAAGUAAGAUUCCUUUCACGUGCAGUGAAAUCGCAGCCAUUCUGUGUCCAAAAUAGAUCUGGUUCUAAGCAUCUGUGUUGUUCUUGUUCCCUCAAAUUGCUUUGGCUCAGACUUCAGUAUCAAGCGAUGCUAUAAGCAGAUGUGUUCUUGCGCAGGCCCCCAACAUCCCCCAACCAACCCAUGAUAUCCAGGCCAGAGAAUCCACAUCCCUGAAGUUAUACUGCAGCUGACAAGCUACACCAUGAAAGGUUAACAGCUCAAUCACCAUUCAAGCUGGAGACCAAUGAGAAUGUCUUUGGUUAAUUAAUACUCACACGUCAAUGCCAGUUACGCCGCUAGCGUUUAGGGCAUGAGCCAGGAAAGUCCCAGGUGGAGGCUCAGGAAUACCGUCAGACUCAGAUGUAAAAGGAUUCUUCAUUGCUGUUUUUGCGACAAUUUUAUUUGACCAACGUGGGCUGGUAGCCCCGAGCUGAACCCUGGAGGACCGGUGGACCACACUUAGUCUGACCUGUUUGGCAUGGGUAACCCUACCAAAAGCCAAAGCAUAAAGCCCAAACUCCAACUAGCUUAGCUCUCCAGGUCAUUGUGGUACGCAAGCCUCCAAACCAUGACAUGGUUGUGGUCCUCUUUGAGGAGGUUGAUUAAUAUUGAGCUAUAGUAUCACUCCACAUCUCACCUUUUGCCUUUCCCUCUCCUCUGUAGUGUCUGCAUUCUUUCCUGGACCAUGCUCCACUCUCUGGCACUUGGCUGUUUUUUAUUAAUUACCUGCUCUAAAGAGCAGACAUGUGAAGGUUACCAGACCUCUGUCACUCCUUAGGUACCGAGGUAUCAGUGAGCAAGAGAUCAGCUGGAGGCUGUGAGGGUCCGAUGGGCUUCAACUCUCAAGAGUGUCAUUUUCCAUCUGUAAUUAGUGUUAGAUACAACUUCUUCAGCCUUGCAUUCCACUUCAUAGCCAGGUUGUUGGGUCAAGUGCCAUUCCGGAGACUCAACUGCAAAUAUAUAGACUGCAUUCUCAGGGUGGUCAUAAAGUCAUGGAGCACAACAGUCCAGAAACAGGUCCUUUGCCCCAUCCAGUCUGUGCUGAACUGUUACUGUGCCUAGUCCGAUUAACCUGUACCAGGACAAUAGCCCUCCAUAUGCCUUCCAUCCAUGUUCCUAUCCAAACUUAUCUUAAAUCUUCCACCGCACACAGUACUCCAACACACACAAAAUGCUGGAGGAACUCAGUCCUGAAGAAGGGCCUCAGCCUGAAAAGUUGACCGUUUAUUCAUUUCCAUAGACGCUGCCUGACCUGCUGAGUUCCUCCGGCAAUUUAUGAGUGUUGCUUUGAAUUUACAGCAUCUGCAGACUUUCUUGUGUUCUAUACAACUUCAACAUAGCAUCCCAACUCCUGUACUCAAUAUUUUGACUUAUGCAUGCCAUAUCUACCUUAAUACCACUUCCAAGGAAUAUGGAUCUGUACUCCCAGGUAUCUCUGUUCUACCAGACUCCUUGGUGCCCUACCAUUCACUGUGUAAGUCCUACCCUGGUUAGUCCUUCCAAAGUGCAGCACCUCACACUGGUGUGUACUGUGCUGCACUGUUGGCUUUUCCGAUGUUUGUUUAUUGUACGUUUAAAAAGAUGCCGUGGUUACUGUUUCAAAACAAAAGAGUUAGAGUCUGUGGAAGCUUGCUACAGGUCAGCUGGCUGCUUCCUAUAUUACAGUUAAUGCAUUGGGACUUUCUGAACGAGACGUGAUAUUUGUGAUGGAAAUUCAAGGCAGUCUUUUUCUUCGUCAUUCCGCUGAACAAGCAUCGGCAGUUCUGUCGUUUAAGCUAUGGAAAGCGUUGGUUUGAAAUGGUCUACAGUUGGAGGAAUGUAGAUAUUUCCAUGGUGCUGGAAGAGGUUAGAGACAGUGAGUGAGAAGGUAGUGGGUGUUUUGGAGACAAGGAACAUGAGUUAAUGGGUGAGUAAUCUGCCAUAUGAUGAUAUGGCCAUGGUACAUCUGGUUUCCAUAAGACAGGGGCAGAGUUAGGCUGUUCAACCCAUCGAGUCUGUCUGCCACUCCAUCAUGGUUGAUUUAUUAUCCCUCUCAACACCAAUCUCCUGCCUUCUCCCUGUAACUUCUCACACCCUAGCUAAUCAAGAACCUAUCAAUCUCUGUCUUAAAUGCACCAAAUGACGGGGCCUCCACAGCACAGACUCACAACCAUAGGGCUAAAGAAAUUUCUCCUCAUCUAUGUUCUAAAUAGAUCUCCCUCUAUUUUGAGGCUGUGGCCUCUGGUCUUAGACUUCCCCACCAAAGGUAACAUCCUCUUCACAUCCACUCUAGGCCUGUCAGCAUUUAACAGGAUUCAAUGAGAUCCUCCCCGCCCCCCCAUUCUUCUAAAUUCCAGUGAGUACAGGCCCAGAGCCUUCAGUUGCUGGUCAUAUGAUAACUCUUUCAUUUCCAGAAUUGUUCUCGCGAACCUCCUCUGAACCCUCUCCAAUGUCAACACAUCCUUUCUUAAAUAAGGUGCCCAAAACUGCUCACAGUACUCCAAGUGAGUCCUCUCCAGUGCCUUCUAAAGCCUCAGCAUUACCUGCUUGCUUUUAUAUUCUAAAUAUUCUAAAAUUAACGCUAAUAAUGCAUUUGCCUUGCUCAAAACUGACUCAGCCUGCAAAUUUACCUCUAGGGACUCCUGCACAAACACUCCCAAAUUCCUGUGCACCUCAGUUGUUUUACAUUUUCUCCCCAUUUAGAAAAUAGUUUGUGCUUUUGUUCCUUCUACCAAGAUGCAUGAUCGUACACUUCCCGACACAUAUUUCGUCUGCCACCUCUUUGCCCAUUCUUCUAAUCUGUUGAAGUCCUUCUGCAGCCACCCUGCUUCCUCACACUACCUGUCUCUCCACCCAUCUUUGUAUUGUCCGCAAAUUUUGCAACAAAACCAUUAAUUCCAUCAUCCAAAUUGUCGUCGUACAAGGUAAAAAGAAUCAGUCCCAACACGGACCCCUGCGGAACACCACCAGUCACUGGCAGCCAACCAGAAAAGCAUUCUUUACCGGAGGAUGCCAGCUGUAACACAAGAGCCACUGACUUUGCAGAGAAGGGAGUUAUCCGUAGUUUCUGGCAAAAGCUACAUUCAUUUGGUCUUAAUGAAUGGAUUGGAUUUUCAGGGGCAGUUCAGGAAAUUCUUCCUCUGCUGAACUGAUUGAAGUCAGGAUUCUGCAAUAUAUGGGUGGAAUAUAAGGACUGGAAUUCAAAUAAGUAGUAGUUCUAAUACAGUAAAUGAGAAGAACAAGCAAAAUCAUUGUUGUCCAGUGUAAGUAGUUUGUUAAUUCAGAGAUGCAUUAGCCUUGGGAAAUCCUAAUGGAGAUAAAAGACUGGCAGGAAUUAGGGCCAGCAUCUUACUUUACUGUUAAGACAACCUUCAGUGCCAGACGAACAGUUAUGUAAUUAUCAUUGAACAAGCGAUGUGCGAGUUGGAAAGAACUCUGUCACUCACUCCAGUUAUCUCUGAUAUUCCUGUCAAAACCUGGCUGAAAUCAUUUCAGCAUAAAUAGUGUUUUACUGUGUGAUCAUAUGGUUGUUUGGUGCCAAUACCACACAAUGGUUGAAUUAUUUUGUUACUUAUUUUAAAAAGAGAAAUCUUGGAAAUUAUCUUAUUCUGGGAUACCACAGUGAACGUCAUCCCAGCUAUCUUUAUAGCUGCAUUAAACUUCAAUUUAAAGAGUGAUUCUCUAAGAACAUUGUGUUAGACUUUUUCCCAAUAACAUAAUUCUCAGGCAAAGUUCAAAGUAAAUGUUAUUAUCAGAGUACAUAUAUAUCACCACAUACAACCGUGAGAUUCAUUUUCCUGUGGGCAUACUGAGCAAAUCUAUAGAAUAGUUGCUAUUACAGGAUCAAUGAAAGAUCAACCAGAGUGCAGAAGACAACAAACUGUGCAAAUGCAAAUA